AUGAAAGAUUGGCACAAAGAUGACCACACCAGUGCAUGUUUUGAAAAUGAACAGAGUAGCCAGAAUUACGUAAACAGGAACGACCACGGGAAAGGAGGCGAGUACGUAUGUUUGGGUGAACAGGUAAGUCGGAUUGAUUUCCCCAAACGAAGUGAAGCACCCAACGGCGGCAGUGGUAAAUUCCCACGGAACGGGAAGAGCUUAACUGAGAUGAACAGAAGUAACAAUAACAAUGCCGGGGGGAGUGGAGAAAAUGAGAAAAUGGUGGAAAGCGAUAUAAAUAGAUCCUCAAGUAGGUCUUACAAACUGGGUAAUGUAGUGGGUAAUGGAAGCUUUGGAGUCGUAUAUGAAGCCAUCUGUCUGGAUACAUCGGAGAAGGUAGCUAUCAAGAAGGUACUACAAGAUCCACAGUACAAAAACAGGGAGUUGCUAAUAAUGCAGAACCUGAACCAUGUGAAUAUCAUCUUUCUGAAGGAUUACUACUACACAGAGUGUGUAAGAAAGAAUGAAAAAAAUAUUUUCUUGAAUGUAGUGAUGGAGUUCAUUCCACAGACAGUACACAAAUAUAUGAAGCACUAUGCGAGGAACAACCAUUCCUUACCUCUCCUUCUGGUGAAGCUUUACUCCUAUCAACUCUGUAGAGCACUAGCCUAUUUGCACUCUAAGUUUAUUUGCCACCGAGAUUUGAAACCGCAGAAUUUACUUGUAGAACCGAACACACAUACGCUGAAGCUCUGUGAUUUUGGUAGUGCGAAGAACUUGCUAGGUGGCCAACGGAGCGUUUCCUAUAUUUGCUCCAGGUUUUAUCGUGCGCCGGAACUCAUGUUGGGCGCCACCAAUUACACCACGCACAUCGACUUGUGGUCCCUCGGCUGCAUAAUCGCCGAGAUGAUUUUAGGUUACCCUCUCUUCUCCGGCCAGUCGAGCGUCGAUCAGUUAGUUAGAAUUAUCCAGGUCUUAGGUACACCGACGGAGGAGCAGAUGAAAAUCAUGAACCCGAACUACGCAGAUGUCAAAUUCCCUGAUGUGAAACCGAAGGAUUUGAAAAAGGUCUUUCCAAAGGGAACCCCCGAGGAUGCCAUAAACUUUGUGUCGAGAUUCCUCAAAUACGAACCCCUGAAACGGCUGAGCCCAAUCGAAGCCCUGGCAGAUCCCUUCUUCGAUGAUUUGAGGGAUCCCUGUAUCAAGUUACCGAAGUACAUCGAGAAGCUACCCGAUCUGUUCAAUUUCACCGAUGCGGAAAUCAAAGAAAUGUCUGACGCCUGCAGGCGGAAGCUGACAUCCAAAUGUACGUACGAGGCAUACAAAGAGUACCUAAUGAGUAAGACAAAUGAAGCCUCCAACAUGGCUGAAAAGUUGAGCAAGGAAUUUGGAGAAUCUAAUAUAGAGGCUAAAUCCAAUCGUGCUGUGAACCUCGCCUGA